AUGGCGAAACGGGACGGGGGGUCUCCUCCAACCCCUGGCGAGAACGAGUUUGCGCCUGGUUACCCUCCACACAUCUUCAGCGUCUCCCCCGGAGAGAGGUACUUGUGCUGUAAUUGCCGCCACGUGCUGAAGAAAGCUCAGCAGACUCCGUGUGGUCACAGAUACUGCUCUGCUUGUUUGUCUUGGAUCGUAAGGACCAAACCGAUUUGUGCCAAGUGUAAGGAGGAGCCGGCUGACCCUGACGUCGUGCCUGAAGACUCCCUUCGAACGAUAGAGCAGGCUUUUGGAGAUGCGGCCACCGAUAAAGAAAUCUCUGAGUUAAAAGUUCACUGUGUGGCCCCAGGGUGCCGAUGGAAAGGCGUCUUAAAGGAGUAUGAUGAUCAUCAAAACCUUUGUGAUUAUGCCCCAAUACUGUGUCACAUGGGCUGUGGCCGCACGAUUAUGCGAAGAGAACUUGCAGACCACUUGGAAAAGGAUUGCAGAAUCAACGCAUCGCCUAACGAAGAACCUGGAAAACACUCAAGCUCGAAACAAUCGUCGGGCACAUGGGAAGGUGAAGACACCAUGGAAUUCCACGAAGACUUCUGGAAACUUUCAUGUAGAACGUUGGAGCUGGAAAACAAAGUGAAAGUGUUUGAAAAUAUCAUUGCGGUUCUCAACAAAGAGCUGGAUAAUUCUCUCCUCCAGUUAACGAGCGCUCAGGAGCAACGGGCUAAAGAUCAAUCGAAGCUCAACGAAUUCGAGCAGAAGCUCAUCGGUUUGCAGGCUAGCGUGACCAUAAAAGACAAGACUAUAAACGAACUUAACAUGCGUGUGGAGACCUUGGAGAAAACCUCAUACGAUGGAGACUUUUUAUGGAAAAUCACAAAUUUAAAGCAGAGGUUUCAAGACGCCAUCAGCGGCCGGACGAACAGCCUGUAUUCGCCAGCAUUUUACUCUUCGAGGUACGGAUAUAAAGUGUGCCUGAGAAUUUACUUAAAUGGUGACGGGGCAGGGAAAGGGACUCACGUGUCUCUCUUCUUCACGAUCAUGAGAGGGGAGUACGAUAACCUUCUGCCCUGGCCUUUUAAGAACAAGGUGACCUUCAUGCUUCUGGACCAGAGCAAUCGAGAACCCAUCAUUGAUGCCUUCCGCCCGGACAUUACGUCUGCUUCUUUCCAACGGCCUGUGACGGACAUGAACAUUGCCAGCGGCUGCCCUCUAUUCUGCCAGCUCCCCAAACUUCAGUCGCCUAGAAACCACUAUGUAAAGGAUGACGCCAUGUUCAUCAGGUGUAUCAUAGACAGCAGUUCUUAGAAGCAAAGACACUCAACUCCGGCAACCAGGAACGGAAAGAUGUUUGAUCCCUGUAUCAGAGUAGGAUCUACUCCGUUGUUUUAUGAAGAGACAUAAGCAAAAUGUGUUGUAAAAGAGGCAAAAGAACAUUUUUAUUUUGUAAAUUAUAAAGUAAAAACCUCCAUGGAAAGAUGGGGAUCGCCAUGAAGGAUCUCCUGGGCUUGGCAUGCAAGAGGUCCACGUCUGACCCUUCUCUACCAACGGGUCUAUCUAAGAGUAUUUAAG